AUGGCAUACCACAUUGAUUUGUCUCAAUUAAAAUGUAUUAUUGAUGACACUCCUCAAUUGAAAAGGGAUUCACAAGCCUUAUUUGUAAUGAAAGCAUCAACCGACUAUUUCGAUGCUAAUUCUACUAUUUGUGAAUGCAAUGAAGAAUCAGAACCUUAUUCAUUUUCGUUGAGAUUUAAAGUAGAAUUGAAGUAAGAUCCCAUUACGCAAUCAAAUGAAGACAAAGAAUUCUACAAUAUGGGUUCAAGUUUCGGACUCAAUGAAGUUGAUAAUCCGAAGAAUCUGAAAUGUUCUCAUGAUAUAAAUGAUAACACUAAGUCUGAUUAGGAUAAGCAUCAUCAGAUUAAGAAACGCAGUGUGUCUGUAUAAACUAACAAACUCUAUUUAAAUAUAACUAGAAAUACAGCAGCAAUGCAGUUUAUCAAGAAACUCUCCUAAAUUUGA